CAGAAAAGUCAAAAUCGACGUUUGACUCUUCACCUUCUAUUAAUAACCGGCGUUAAAUCUCACAUCUCACUGUAAUUUCACACACAAAAACACACAGACACAGUAAAUCGGCAAUGGAGAAAAGCUCGUCUUGCUCCUCCCUGGGCCCCGGCGGCCUCGACCUCUCCAACACCUUCUUCACCCCCAUCCCCGGAGGAUCGACGCCGUCCCCCUCCCGGCGGCCCACAAAGAUCACCGUCAUCGGCGUCGGCAACGUGGGCAUGGCCAUCGCCCAGACCAUCCUCACCCAGGACCUCGCCGACGAGAUCGUCCUCGUCGACGCCAAGGAGGACAAGCUCCGCGGCGAGGUGCUCGAUCUCCAGCACGCCGCCGCCUUCCUCCCCCGCACCAGGAUCACCGCAUCCCUCGACUACGCCGCCACCGCCGGAUCGGACCUCUGCAUCGUCACCGCCGGCGCCCGCCAGAACCCCGGCGAGAGCAGGCUCAACCUGAUCCACCGGAAUGUGGCCCUUUUCCGGCACAUCGUGCCGCCGCUGGCCAAGUACUCGCCGGACUGCAUUAUCAUGGUCGUCUCCAACCCGGUCGACGUGCUGACCUACGUGGCGUGGAAGCUGUCCGGGUUCCCGGCGAAUCGGGUCAUCGGGUCGGGCACGAACUUGGAUUCGUCCAGGUUCAGGUUCUUGAUUGCGGAUCACCUUGAUGUCAAUGCACAGGAUGUGCAGGCAUAUGUUGUGGGAGAGCAUGGAGACAGCUCGGUUGCCCUUUGGUCGAGCAUUACCGUGGGAGGCGUGCCGCUCCUCAGCUCCUUAGAAAGGCAGCAAGUGGCCUUUGAGGAGGAGACACUAAGAAAAAUACACAAAGAAGUGGUGCAGAGCGCGUAUGAGGUGAUACGUUUGAAAGGCUACACGUCUUGGGCCAUUGGUUACUCUGUCGCCAGCCUGGCGCGAACAUUGCUGAGGGAUCAAAGGAGGAUUCAUCCAGUCUCGGUUCUUGCAAAGGGGCUUCACGAUAUCGAUGGGGAUGAGAUCUUCCUCAGCCUGCCAGCUCAGCUCGGGAGGAAUGGGGUGGUGGGCGUCGCUAACGUGCACCUUACGGAUGAGGAAGCUAAGCAGCUCAGGAGCUCGGCUACGACCAUUAUGGAGGUGCAAAGCCAGUUGGGGCUUUGAUUGAUGAAUUUUGAUAAAUUUAUUUUUGUUGGUUUUAGUGAGUUGUGUGUUCGUUUGAUCGAUCUCAAACGUUUUUUUUUUUUUCCUUCACAAAAUGUGUGUUUUUGACAGAACCAACUGCAAUGUGAUGUUUAUAUGAAUUUGAUGAUCUUUAUGUGAUAAGAUGAACAUCUCAAGUAUGGAAUACCAAUAGGCAAUUACACGUUUUUCA